AGUAAAAAACCGGCAUAUAACCUAUACUUACAUGCUGGCUUUUUACCAAUUGAUAAUAACACUAAUAAUUAUAAUAAAUUUUUUGAGAAAUAUUAUUAUUACAAUAAAAUUAUUAGAAUCAAUAUACUUCCUACAGUUUAAAAAAAUAAAUGGCCAGUAUCAAAGAAUAUGAAUACAUUUGAUCCAUAUGACGAUAUAAAUAUUGAUGACAAACGUUUUUCUGAAUAUCGUAUGCUAAAUGCAUGCAUGACGGGCCACUUAGGCACUGUUCAAGAAUAUCUACAAUUGCAUAAUGUAAAUGAGUUUUUAUGUACUGGAUGGACUCCCCUUUUAUAUGCUGCAUUAUAUGCUCAAGAAGAAGUAAUUGAAUUCCUUAUAACAAAUGGAGCUGAUGUUAAUAAACAUAAAGAUGGGUACACACCAUUAAUGGCAUUGUGUAGUUGUACUAAAGGUACAUCAGAGAAACGUAUAAAAUGUUUAUCAUUACUUAUUAAAGCAAAUGCUAAUGCAAAUGCCAGUAAUAAACAAAGACAGACGCCACUAAUGUAUGCUUGUACAUCACAAGAACCAGAAUUUAUACAAGAAUUAAUAAAAUAUACAAAAAAUGUUAAUAUAUGUGAUAGUAGAAAACAAACAGCUUUAAUAUAUGCAACAAUAGCUAAUAAACCAGAUAUAGUUAAAAUAUUAAUAGAAAAUGGUGCUGAUGUUACAUUAACUGAUUACGACAGUUUAACUGCUAAAGAUAUAGCUUUCAUGAAAGGAUACAAUGAGAUUAAUUCUUUGUUAAACUUGGUCGAAGAAAAUGAAGAACUAAGUAUUCAUAAAAUAUCGAAAAUAACUGAUUGGAAAGAUAUGUUCCCAUCAUUAACUAGUAUAAAUGAUCAAACCAUAGAUUUUGAUGUGUUCACAAUUGUACAUGGGAUGGCUUUAGAUAAAUAUAUUCAUAUUUUUCAAGGGAUGAGUAUAAAAGACUUUCUAAAAUUAACUGAAAAUGAUUUGUGUAGUUUAGGAAUAGAUAUUAAUGCACACAGAGUGCAGUUUAUGGAGAAUCUUCACAAAUUUCAUAGAAAAAAGUGGAGUAUAUACAGUAUCGGCGCUAUUAAUAAAUCGUUACCUUAUACAUUAUAUGAUGGUAUAGUUUCUUUAGGUACAGUAGCUAGGCAGAUUGCAGUUAUAGGUUCUAGUUUUCAGUAUAUUCAGAACAGUUUUACAAAAGCAAAUGAUGAGAAUAUAUGCUUAACUACUGAACAAAUAUCUAAUUAUGAACAAGAACUUAAAAAAACGCAAAAGACUCUUGGUCUUCUUAAAAAGGAACUUAUACAAGUAAAAGCGCUUUCUAAAAGGGUUAAGAAGGAAAAUAAUAUUGGUAUCCCAGCAACAUAUAUAGGCCCCAAAAAACAUACCUUUAAUUGGUUAAUACCCUUAGGCAUGACAGCAAUUAUGGGAAUAUAUUUGUACAGGACAUUUUGCAUUCAGAGAUUAGUGAAUAUUUAAUGAAAAUAUGAUUUCAUUUACUAUCAUUUACGUAAUAAUGUCUUUCUCUAAAUUUAUUGUUUCCACAUUAUCUUAAUAAAUUAUUUAUACAGAAUCUAAUAAUAUUAUUUUUUACAAACGUGUAAAAUGCUUGACAAAAUACAUACAGUAUU